AUGGCCUGCCUCUCUCUCUCUCUCGUCAUGGUGAUGUUAGUCAUCACAUGCAGAGGUCUGAGAAAGGCCUCCGCUCCGGUCAGAAAGGAGGACCCCUAUGAGAUCCGGAAGCCCGGGCGCUAUGCAGAUGGCCCAAAGCCUCUGAAGGAGGGCUCGGCCGCUCGGACCCCCAACACGAAUAUCCGGCUGCCCCGGCUCGGGGAGUUGCCCCGCUGCCCCGUGGUGAGCCGGAAGUCCUUCAAGGCGUCGGACCGCGUGCUUGGCUGCCCCGUGCCCGAGUACGCCGACGUGCUUCGGGUCGUCCAGGCCCAGCUCGUGAUGGGUCACCACUGGCCGGUCGAGAUGCCUUGGACUUCGAUGCUUUGCUCAUUGCUUUGCUGGUUCCUUCCAUACCUACUGCUCGUGGCCGCAGCGGUGCCAGCCGCGGUCUUUGCUCUCCACAGAGAGGCCUUCCUUGUGAUCGCUCCCUUGGCCCUGGCCUUGCACGUUCUGCAGGCCCUCCGCCGAGGGCUCUGGGAUCGCCGGCUCCUGGUAUCAGUCGAUCAGGCGGCUGCUGCUGACCUCAGGGAUCAGCUGAGGGCACCCCUCGGCUGGGGCGAAGAAGGUCAGCUCUUCUCCGCAAACCUGAGUGCGGCCCUGCAG